AUGAUGAAGAAGGAGGAGGAGGAUUUUACGGUGCUGUUGAGCAAGUGUCCCGCAUUGACGGAUCUGACUACGCGGUAUGUGGAGUACGACAACGAGCACCGAGAGUUGUUGCGAACGCUGUGCGAGACCCGACUGAAGCGACUGUCGUUCUGUAUCAACAAGCUCCAGUAUGGAAUUGAUAUGAGCGACGUGAUCAGGAUGCCGCAUCUUCAGGAGCUGUCUAUCCGCAACAGUAGCAGAGAUGUUCCUGUUGGUUAUUAUGUUCCGGGGCUGGAGACGAUUCUGAUGUGUCCGAAUCUGAGAGUGUUGAGGUGGUUCACGACGAGUGUUGACCUGACGGCGGGGAUUUUUCGACAGAUAUUUGGGGCAUGUCCAAGGCUGGAGGCGAUUGAGUUGCAGCAAAUGGUUCUGGCAGAUAAUGUGAUUGCGUCGAUGUUGGAGACUAUGCAGGCGUCCGCGACGGAGGUGAUUGUUCCUGAGAGGAAGGACUCGGUUUGGUAUGGUGGGAAUGAGGCGAAUACAGUGGGAUUCAAGACUAGGGCGUUCAAGGCGCUGGAGCGACGACAUUUCGCGACGUUGGUGGUCCUGGAUAUGGGGACGCAGAGUAAGGAGGUGACGAGUUCUAUGAUCCUGCGAGUGUUGAGUGCUUGUCCGCGGCUGAAGGAGAUCACGGCGUAUCAGGUGUUGGCAAAGGAGAUCCGGGAUGGGCCUGGAGUAUGGGCUUGUCGAGGUCUGGAAGUCUUCCGGGUCAAGAUUCACGGAUUCUACAAACCCCUGAUAGACCAUAUUCGUGUAGCCGUGUUUCGUCGGUUUGCCACCCUGCCUCGGCUGCGAGUUCUGCAUAUUGGAGGCCAUGGUCGGAAGGACGAAAGUGUGGUCUUAAGACUAGACUCCGGAAUGGGACAGCUGGCAGAGUUGAAGUUGGAGAGUGUAUCAGUUUACGGGGGUCCACAGAAGAUGAGGAGGGAGGAUGUGGAGUGGAUUAGGGAGCAUUGGCGAGGGCUGAGGGUGUUGGAGGGGGAUUUGCAUCCUAACGGGGAGGUGAGUGAGGCGAUCCGCGAGGUAUUGACGGCUCCGAGGGAUGGCGGACGCAAGAGGAGGGAGGAGGCAGAAAAGACGUUUGAACGGUUUGCCUUUUACACUGUUAACCAUCGAUACCGUUAA